UAUUAGUGAUUAUUUAGGAUUAUAUCAACUUGCAAAAUCUAUUUUAAAAGAAAAUAAUAUUUAUGGAGUUUUACCAUUUAUAGCACCUGAAAUUUUAAGAGGUCAACCUUAUACUCAAGCUAGUGAUAUAUAUAGUUUUUCUAUAAUUAUGUGGGAAUUUACAUCUGAAAUUCCACCAUUUAAUGAUAAAGCACAUGAUCUUCAACUUGCUUUAAGUAUUUGUAAAGGCAAACGUCCUGAAAUUAUUGAAAAUACUCCACUAUGCUAUAUAGAUUUAAUGACAAAAUGCUGGGAUGAAGAUCCAUUAAAAAGGCCAUCUUCUAAAGAAGUUUUAAAAAUUAUUAAAAAUUGGAUUUUUCGUCCUGAGAA